CGCAGGUACGACUCCGUCGAGGGCAUCGAGGUCGCGUGGAACGUCGUGAAUUUGAAGACCAUGCCCCCCAACGAGAAGGCGCGCGUCAUCAACGAGGUGCGGCUGCUGGACCGCCUCGAGCACGAGAACAUCAUCGACUUCCACGGGAGCUGGGUGAACCGCGAGCGCGGCGAGGUCUGCUUCAUCACGGAGAUCCUGAGCUCCGGGUCGCUGAAGAAGUUCAUCAACAAGGUGCAGGUCGUGCGCUGGAAGAUCAUCAAGCGCUGGGUGCGCCAGAUCCUGAAGGCCCUGGCCUACCUCCACAGCCAGACGCCGCCCAUCAUCCACCGCGACAUCAAGUGCGAGAACAUCUUCAUCAACGGGUCGACGGGCGACCUCCGCAUCGGCGAUUUGGGGUUGUCGACGGCGAAGAAGGUCAACGAGGGCAAGGGCCAGUCCGUGCUCGGCACGCCCGAGUUCAUGGCGCCGGAGCUCUACGACGAGGAGUACGACGAGAAGGUCGACGUCUUCGCGUUCGGCAUGUGCGUCCUCGAGAUGAUCACGAAGCAGCUGCCCUACUCGGAGUGCACGAACGCGACGCAGAUCUACCGCAAGGUCUGCGGCAACGUGCCGCCGGACGCGCUGCGCCUCAUCCCCGACGACAAGGCCCUGGACUUUGUGAAGGGCUGCAUCCAGAAGGACCCGGCGGAGCGUUUGGGCGCCGCGGAGCUCCUCAAGCACGACUUCCUC